AUGAGCAGCCAGAUUACCAUGAAUGAAACACAAACUAGUACUAAUGAUCGAAUCAACAAUCUCAAGGCUUUCGACGAAGAAAAAACUGGGGUGAAAGGGCUAGUAGAUGCAGGAUCAACAAGCAUUCCUAACAUCUUUGUUAGACCACUCGAGGAUCGUACUAAGGAUUUGAGCACUAGUCCUGAUAAUAUUAGUGUGCCCAUCAUAGAUUUUGCUCAUGUUGGUCAAAAUAUAGAUCAAACUGCAGAAAUUGUGAAAGAAAUCAUGAUGGCAUCAAAGAAAUGGGGGUUUUUUCAAGUGGUAAAUCAUGGGAUUCCUUUGGAAGUUUUGGAAAACAUGAUUGAAGUUACUAGGAUGUUUCAUGAACAUGAUGUUGAGUCUAAGAAGAAGCUUUAUAGCCGCGAUUUCCAGUCUAAGAGGGUGACAUAUUUUUCCAGCCAUGACUUGUAUAAUUCGAAAGCUGCUGAUUGGAGGGAUACUCUGUAUGUCACCACUCUGUUUACUGCUGGUGAAGUUGAUCCUCAAGAGCUGCCAACAAUUUGCAAGGAUGUGAUACCGGAGUAUGUAAAUCACAUCCUUGAAUUAGGUGAUCGCAUACUUAUGUUGCUAUCAAUGGGUCUUGGACUCGAGCCAAACUAUCUUGGAGAUUUGGAAUGUAGUCGUGGUUGGGCACUAGCAUGCCAUUACUACCCACCAUGUCCGGAGCCACAACUAACACUCGGAACUAGUGGACAUGCUGAUGUCUCAUUUAUAACAAUACUUUUGCAAGAUCAAAUUGGAGGCCUCCAAGUUCUUCAUGAAAACCAAUGGGUUAACAUUGAGCCUAUUAGUGGCGCGUUGAUUGUUAACAUUGGAAAUGCACUUCAGAUCAUAUCUAAUGACAUGCUGAAAAGCAUCUACCACAUAGUAAUUGCGAAGAGUGUUGGACCAAGGAUUUCUAUUCCACUCUUUAUCAAUGGUUAUUUCAAAUCUAAGAAGAUAUAUGGUCCAAUUAAGGAGCUAACAUCAGUAGAAAAUCCGCCUAUAUACAGGGAAUUUACGAUUGAAAAACUCCUCACUUACUUCUACUCCAAAUCCCUCGACGAUCUUGGAAUCGAUCAUUUUAAACUUCAGCCUUAUAAAGAUGGGAACUAAUUUUACGAAGUACAAGAAAUUAAAUGGUGUUACUUACAAUAUCUGUAUGCUAUAUAUAAUUGAUGUAUUGCAUAAUAAUAAACAAACUUAUUGUUAGAUUUUGCUGCAUAUACCUCUUGUAUUGUAUCAUUGUAAUGCAUCAAAGUGUG